CAGCCUAUAGAUAAUGUAUAUCUUUGGAAAAAAAGUUAGGUUAUGUAGAAUUUAUUUCUGUUAAAAUGGAUUUAUUAAAGAGCAAAGUACCGGAUAUUAUCUUAAACAAAUUAAAUAAACUUGAAAUUUCCUCAUUGGAAUCUUUAUUAACAACAAAACAAACAGAUUUGGAACAAAAAGGAUUAAAUUUUCUAGAAAUUGAAGAGUUAAGAGAAGCAGUCAGUGAAAUUUUGGUUUCUAACAGAUUCCAUACAGUUUUAGAAAUUCCUCGUUGGUCAAAAAUUCGUGUUGGCUGUAAAGUAAUUAAUGAUUUAUUAAAAGGUGGUAUUCCAAUAAAUGGAAUAAAUGAAAUAUAUGGACCAAGUGGCGUUGGAAAAACCCAAUUUUGUUUAGAAUUAGCAAUUAUGACUCAGUUUCCAUUAGAAAUUGGUGGAUAUAAUAAAAAUGUUCUUUACAUUUGCACAGAAGAACCUUUUCCAUCUAAGAGAUUAAACGAGCUUGUUUCAUUUUAUCCUAAGAAAAUCCUUGAUAAACCAUUUAAAAAACUUUUAUCAGAUGGUAUUUACGUUGAAUAUAUUGCAGAUUUUGAUCAAUUAAGAACAACGUUAACGACUAAAAUGCACAAACUUUUAUCAUUUACACAAAUUGGAUUAAUUAUAAUCGAUUCAAUAGCAGGGAUUUUUCGAAAUUACUGUGAAGACAUUAAUUACAUUUCAAGAAAAAACGAUUUUAAAGAAUUAGUCCAAAUUUUCAAUGAAUUAACACAAAAGCAUAAAAUCGCUGUGUUAUGUACAAAUCAAGUUUCUGAUGAUCUUAAAACCGGUAAAACUAUCCCUGCUUUAGGAUUAGCUUGGAGUAAUUAUAUCACAUCGAGAUUUUUAAUGACUCGAUAUGGAAUGAGUACCGUUAGAAAGUUCGAAGUUAUUUAUUCCCCAGAAUUAGCGCCAAAAAGUUGCAAUUUUCAAAUAUAUCAAAGUGGAAUUGGAUCAGUCGACAUAACCUAAAAAUUUAAAAAUCGUUUCCAAAGAAAAAUUACUAA